UUUUUUAGUGCGGUUUCUGACAUAAGAAGGUGAAGGUGUCGAUUUUAUUUUGUCGAUUUUAAAAAAUGAUUACUAUUUAAUGUAUAAAAUCGAUUACAUAUUGGAGUAAUUUGAAAUAUGUAUAUUAGUUUGUUCUGUAGGUAAUCAUGAUUGCAAUAUUUAUUAAGUAAAAAAAUAUUUUAUCCUGUUACAAUGGCUUCGUCAUUAUUAAGUUAUGAGACAUUGGUUCAUGCAAUGGCAGGUGCUACGGGGAGUGUAGUUGGAAUGACUGCAUUUUAUCCACUGGACAUAUUACGGUCAAGAAUACAAGUUGAGGACUCAAUAAAACUUCAUGGAACUCCUCUUGAAAUUCUGAUUAAACUCGCAAAUGAAGAAGGUAUAGAAUCCUUGUAUCGGGGAUUAUGUCCUGUUCUCCAGUCUCUCUCAGUAUCAAACUUUGUUUACUUUUACACAUUCCAUGCAUUGCGCAAAGCCGCCUCCAAUAAUACUUCAGCUCUAAAAGACCUAAUGUUUGGUAUGCUAGCUGGUAGUGUUAAUGUGUUACUUACAUCACCUCUUUGGGUUGUUAACACUAGAAUGAAGAUGGAAAAGAAUUCAUACUCGAGCCUAUUUAGAGGGCUCUUAGAUGUGUUCCAAAAAGAGGGUGUAAAAGGUUUAUGGUCUGGUACUGUGCCUUCAUUGUUGUUGGUAUCAAAUCCUGCAAUCCAAUUUAUGGUUUAUGAAGCAUUGAAGAGAAAAUUGACAUCUAGAGGACAGUUUGAUACAUAUACAGCAUUUUUUGUUGGUGCUGUAGCUAAAGCAAUUGCAACAACCUUAACUUACCCGCUACAGUUAGUUCAGGCGAGACUCAGAGCUGGCACAAGCUUUAGACCGCUACUGAAUGCUGCAAAGUCUAAUCCUUUGUCUCUAUUCCGUGGUUUAGAAGCUAAGUUACUGCAGACUGUUUUGACUGCAGCGUUGAUGUUUUUGAUCUAUGAAAAAGUUGUCCGUUUGGUAUUGACCAUAAUGCGGAUAAAGUUAACCAGACAUUGAUACAUGACAAUUAGUAAAUUAUUAAAGUUAGUAAAUUAUUGGUUUUAGGUGAUCUUAAUCUAUAUGUUCACGUUAUGGUUGUUUUGUAAUGCUUUCAAUCUUUUAUGAAAAUAUUGUAAUACAGUAUUAUUGCGUCAGCAAUGAAUAAUAUACAGUAUUAUUACAAUAACAUUUUCAAAUUAGUACAUCAAAUUUGAGGCUUCUUUUUUUAUUAUUUGUUAUACUUAAGUAAUUUCAAAUCAUGAACAGUUUAUUUACCAUCUAAAAUGUACACUGUGAUAAAAGCCAAAUACAUGACCAAAUCAGCAUUUUUGUUAUGAAUUGUUUAUUAAUUUAAAGAUUUUAUGUUAUAUUUAUUUGGGGAAAUGAGGAGAAUGGGGGGUACAGGUUAGCAGUGUAGAAGAUCUGGAAUUUGCAAAGACAAUUAUUUUAUUUCAAUAAAGAAAAACGUAGCAAAAUUA